UGUUCUUUGACAAACACGAAGUCAACGUUUGCUCAAUCGCAUGGACUCUUAGCUGCACCUCAGAAGUGUAAACAUUACUUUUGGAUUUAACUAGGUGAAAUGGAAACCGAUAUUCAGAAAUGUUUCAGAAGCAAAACGGUUUUUUUAACUGGUGCCACAGGCUUCCUGGGAAAAGUCAUUCUCGAGAAGCUUUUGCGAACCACAGAAGUGAAACGUGUCUAUAUCUUGGUCAGACCAAAGCGUGGAGUUGAGAUUCAGGAGCGGAUUAUCACAUGGUCAAAGGACGCGGUAUUUGAAUUGCUGCACAAGUCGAAGCCGGAGGCCCUGCAAAGGGUUUGGCCUAUCGCAGGGGAUUGCCAGGAGUCCGAUUUGGGAAUCAGUGAGACUGACCGAAGGCUUUUGGCCUCGGAGGUGCAGAUCGUCAUCCAUGGAGCUGCCACUGUGAGAUUUAACGAACCGCUUCAUGUGGCCUUGGCCAUCAACACCCGUGCAACGAGGCUCAUGCUCCAACUGGGUAGAGAAAUGGGACAACUGGAGGCCUUUGUUCACAUCUCCACUGCCUUCUCCAACUGCGUUAUCCAUGACAUCAAGGAGAGUUUCUAUCCCGAGCACCUCAACUGCAGUUCGGAAAAGGUUCUGGGCAUGAGUGGGCUGGUGAGUGACGAACUGCUGGACAACAUGGAGUCUGCUCUGCUUGGUUCUUUUCCCAACACCUACACCUAUACCAAAGCUUUGGCCGAGGAUGUGAUCCUGAAUGAAUCGGUCGGCUUACCCCUUUGCAUCUUUCGACCGGCAGUCAUCAUUGCGGCCCACAAGGAACCCAUCUCCGGCUGGGUUGACAACAUGUACGGACCGAUGGCCAUUCUAUUCGGGGUGGCUCGCGGGGUCCUUCGCAUCGCCACGAUCGACAACAAAGCCGAAGCGAGCCUGGUGCCUGUGGACUACUGUGCCAAUCUGGCUGUGGCCAGCGCUUGGAAAACCAUCGAGGAUUGCGGGAAGAGCAAGUCGCCGGCGAGCCCUCUCAUCUAUCAAUUGGCGCCCAACGAGAAGAACAAAAUAACCCACGGAGAGUUCAUUCGUCAUGCUCUCGAUGGACGCAAUAAUUGCCCGCUGACGAAAAUGAUAUGGUAUCCCUUCAUCCACUGCAUCACAGUGCCGUGGCUUUAUCCUCUGGCAGCCUUUUUCUAUCACACCCUGCCAGCCUAUUUCUUCGACCUGGCUCUUUGGCUGAGUGGCCGGAAACCGAGACUGGUGAAGGUGUACCAGAAGAUACACAAGACCAUCAGCAUCCUGGGUCCUUUCAGCUGCAAGUCCUGGCGCUUCGACAUGCACAAUACAGAUCGACUGAGGCAGGCAAUGUCGGAGGAGGAUCGCCGGUUGUACUACUUUGACAUGGUCAGCCUCAACUGGAAGGAGUACUUUCUUCACGCCCUUCGCGGCAUGAGACAAUUUCUGGGAAACGAGGCGCCCACCCCAGAGUCCAUAGCUCAAGGCAUGAAGCUGAUACAGAGGCUGAAGCUGCUCCAUCACUUACUACAGAUCUUCCUCUGUUUAGUGGCCGGAUUUGCUGUGUGGUCGCUGGUCAAGCUCGUAGUGUGAUUCAGAUACAAGUCACUCACCGAUUUAAAUUUAUACACUUAAUAUACUUUAAAAGCCUUUAAGUGCGUCACUGAACAAAAAUAUAUGCAAUUUGUGUAA